GUGUGGAGAUCUGUUACGAGCUCUACAACCCUCGCAUCCAGUCCAUCGAGGUUCUGAAGCUGGAGAAGAGGCUGGAUGACAACCUGAUGUACCUGAGAGAUGCCCUCCCUGAGUACAGUACUUUUGAUAUGAACAUGAAACCCGUGCCUCGUUUGGACCACGAAGAAGUUCCUGUAAACAAGCUGCAGGUACGAAUGAAACCUAAACCAUGGUCAAAACGGUGGGAAAGGCCAAAAUACAAUAUAAAAGGAAUAAAGUUUGAGCUCCCUGAAAAGAAAAUGAAAGAAGCCCAGAAGUGGAGCCAGCCGUGGCUGGAGUUUGACAUGCUGCGGGAGUACGACACUUCAAAAAUAGAGGACAAAAUCUGGAAAGAAGUGAGUGAAGCACUCAAAAAAUAA